AUGAAGAGCAUGCGAGGGUUAUUGCACACAACCAGUGUCGAAACUACAAAUGAACAAAAGACUACAUUCGCUACCACUUCUGUUGCUGGACACAAAAGAAGUUUAUCAACAGCGGGAGAAGAACAUCACUUCAGGGCUUCUACCCCUCGAGCGACUGUUCAAUUUCAGCGAGCCGUCAGUCUCCCCUCUGCCCCUCCUCGAAUUUCCGCGAGCCGCAUUGUUCGUCUCGAUGAGCGAGUCGGGCCGUCUGAGUAUUCUCAACGGAGAGCUAUUGCUGCGACUCCGACAUCGUCUUGUGAUCCUGAACUCGAAUUAAGCCAUUCUACAUAUGGACUUCCUCAACAGCUCGUUGAUAAUUUUGCUUCACUUGGCAUAAAACAAAUAUAUCCAUGGCAGAAAGCUUGCCUCAAAGGCCCUGGACUUCUGACAGGAGAAAAGAACCUUGUAUAUUGUGCACCGACUGGCGGUGGCAAAUCUCUUGUGGCUGACGUGCUCAUGCUGAAAAGAAUCCUGGAAGAAAAGGGAACAAAGGCCCUCCUUGUGUUACCAUAUGUUGCUUUGGUUCAAGAGAAAGUUCGUUGGCUUCGUAGUGUGGUACAAGGCUUACGCUUCGCCUCUGAAACAACGGUCGAUGACGACAAACGCAUAUGGCGUAGACGAGCUGAUGAGAACACAGUCCGUGUCGUUGGUUUCUUUGGGGGUGGAAAAGUUAGAGCAACUUGGGCUGAUUUUGAUAUUGGCGUGUGCACAUUGGAGAAGGCAAACGCACUCGUGAAUACGGCUAUUGAUGAAUGUUCGAUCUCCAAGCUUCGCGCGGUUGUGCUUGAUGAGUUACACAUGGUUGAUGAUGAUCAUCGAGGCUAUUUGUUAGAACUCGUGGCGACCAAACUGCUCAGCCUGGAGCAGCGUGUACAAAUUGUGGGCAUGAGUGCCACUCUCCCGAACAUGGACAUGAUGGCUCGAUGGCUCGAAGGGCAUUGUUACGAAACUCGGUAUCGACCGGUUCCUAUCGAGGAACAUCUCGUGUAUGACGGAAAUAUUUAUCCCGCAGGUUCUACAAGCAGUCUCAUCAAAACAGCGGCACAGCUGAACAGUCGGCCUACACAGACACAGACACAGACACAGACACAGACACAGACACAGACACAGACACAGGCACAGAUGAGGCCCAUCCGGCGAAUCGAGCCAUCCACCCACAAGGAGCUUCGCGACCCAGUAUUAAAUGCAGUGGUCACACUUGCUCACGAGACCGCUGUUGCUGGUUUCGGUGCCCUCGUCUUUGCCGGAAGUCGUGGCAUGUGCGAGUCUGACGCACGAUGGAUCAGCCGGGCUAUGCCCCAGCCACAUGAGCUCAAGGCUGACGUUGUUGACAGAAGGAUGGACUUGCUGGGAGAGCUUCGGAGUCUUAACACUGGGGUUGAUCCAGUAUUGGAAGAGACGGUCCUUUAUGGCGUUGCAUUUCAUCUGUGUGUCGCAACCUGCAGUCUGGCUGCUGGUAUCAACCUGCCAGCAAGGCGGGUGAUUUUACACAACUGUCGAAUGGGGCGCGAAUUUGUUGGGCCAUCGAUGCUGAGGCAAAUGCGAGGGCGAGCGGGAAGACAGGGGAAAGCAUCCAUCGGUGAAACAUAUCUCUGCUGCCGCGAAAACGACCUCGAGCAAGUUGUAGAUCUCAUGAAUGCGGAGCUGCCACCCGUUGCCAGCUGUCUUAACACUGAGAAUCGACGUAUUCAACGUGCACUGCUAGAAGUCAUAUCCAUACGCUUAGCUACGAGUCAUGAGUCCGUUGUGGACUACUUCUCGAAGUCUCUGUUGAGUCAUACUCAUAGCGCCAAGUUUGUGAAUGAUUGUAUCACCUCAAGCUUGGAAGAGAUAGAAUCAAUGGGUUUUGUGACCUCCGAUUCCUUGUCCAUGUUCACGGCAACACAACUAGGUAGGGCAAUCGUGGCAUCAGCUAUCGAUCCCGACGAUGGUGUAUUUGUCCAUAGCGAACUCAGUCGGGCGCUCCAAGCCUUUGUCAUGGAUGGCGAGAUGCACGUCUUAUACACGUUUACGCCUGUCCAAGAAUUCGGGGUUAUGGUGAACUGGCAGGUCUUUCGGAAUGAAAUGGAGGGUCUGGAUGAGAGUGGUUUACGGGUACUGAGGCUCCUGGGCAUCAAACCCACCACAAUACUCAAGCUUGCUCAAGGUGCCACGCUCCGUGAGACGACGCCAGAGGAGAAGCAGGUUGCUCGAGUACAUCGACGCUUUUAUCUCGCUCUCCAACUGCGGGAUCUGUGUAACGAGAUUCCUAUACACAUAGUGGCACGCAAAUACGAUGUGCCUCGUGGAAUGGUUCAGAAUCUUUCGCAGACUUGUCAAGGGUUCGCUGCAGGAAUGAUCAAGUUCUGUGAACAGAUGAGCUGGGGAGUAAUGGCCGCAGCUCUUGAGCACUUUUCAGACAGGCUCGUGGCUGGUGCAAGAGCUGACCUAUUGGCCUUGGCAAAGAUUCCCUUCAUCAAGAGCCGGACAGCGCGGGUAUUUUGGGAGAACGGUUUUCGUACCGUGGCAACGAUCGCGAAUGCAGAUCCCACAGAGCUACUUCCUAUAUUGAUGCAGGCUCAACCAAACAAGAUCCGUUUAAAAGGUAAGGACAAUGAGAAAUACGAAGAGAAACUUCUUGUCAAGGCCAAAGUCAUAUCAGAUGCUGCAAGCAAGAUUUGGAAACUCCAAAUGCAGGCAGAGAUAGAGGAGGAAUAG